AUGGCUCUAUUAAUGCCCAUUUUUGUUGAGGUCUGCGCGCAAAACUUCUCCCUGGAUGCAAAUUGGCUAAAUCCAGCUGCAAACGACAGUCGAGGAGAUCGCGAGUACCUUGCUAACGCCGCAGCACAGUUCCUUGUGGGGAGGAUCAUCAGCAACGGCAGUCUCGAAGACAACACGGACAGUCAAGCUCUCGCUAGCAUGUACUCUACUCUAUCACUUCAAGGCACUCUGAGUGGCAAUCAGAUGUGGAAGAGCGUGGUGACCUCAAAUUUACUGACGUGGGAAAACCGAAACGAUGUCUUCGCGAAUGGAACGUCGGGUUCGACGCGGACAGUUUCCAAUGCUGCCCAGUGGGGUCUCGCGUUCAUCUACGCAUACGAAGCGUAUGGGGACGAGUCCUUCCUGACCCUCGCUCAAGGAGUGUUUGAACAGAUAUACCCGCUCUAUAUCUCGGCCGAGGACGCCAACACGUAUCAAGCGCCUGGUAAUCGCACCUUUCAGUACAACGCGACCAACGGCAGCUGCUUCUCUGAUGUAGCAGGCGGUGUCUGGUGGUUGCCUGAUGAACAAACUAUCGACUUGAUCUAUACCGAUGCUGUUGGACCUUUUGCGGUACUGUCCGGUCAUCUCUACGAAGCGACAUCAGAUGACAAGUACAUGACGGUCGGGAUGCAGUCGACGAACUUUCUUGGUGUGGAGCCCUGGAUGUGGGAAGACGCGCCAAAUUAUCUUGUGCAUAGCAAGCUUGCUGUGUACGCGUGUGGCUGGGUCGAAAGCGCAAGUGCGGGGCCUCAAGGCUGGUAUAUGCAGGCAUUGGCUACAUGGGGCAACAUCACGGGCAAUCCUCAAAUCAUCACGCGUCUUCGUCAACUUGUCUGGGCGUCCACUCGCAACGAAAAGUGGGCACAACUCGAUGGCAUACUGAUUGAUCCCCCGCCGGAUCCGAACGAGAAGCUUGAUAGUGAUAACCUGUGGGAUGAUAAAGCCAUUCUCAUCCGUGGGCUCAGUGAGACGCUGAGACGAUUCCCGACGGCGACUGACAUGGUCCCGUUCAUUGAAGGGUUUCUCAAUGUACAGUACAACGAUUUUAUCAGCCACGCACGCGAGCCAGGGGCCAACACAUACUCUACCGCACUCUCUGGGCCACCUCCGCCAAGUGUCGACUCAAGCGGAAACAUCUUUGCGAUGGACGUGUUGAACGCCGCAUUCGAUAUCCUUCCCAGGCUCAACGGCACAUCAUCCAAUACAACGUCCCCAGCGACUCAGAGUACAUCGGCUUCGCCUACGCAUUUUCCAGUUGGUGCCAUUGCCGGCGGGGUCGGCGGCGGCAUGGGAGGAGUGGCUGUGCUCCUCGGCGCGCUAUUCUGGUACCGCCGGCGCCGUCGUCUCAGUGAACGGAGUAGAUCAUUAGGUCAGAACGAAAUCGACGCAAGACCAACACACAUGCAAGCCGUACCCGAGAUCGUAUCUAUUGAGCCAUAUACUCUCAUGGACUCGAGGCCAUCACGGCGCUCGAAGGGAGCACCUCCUGUAUCGACAGACUACCUCGAGAUGCCAAGCUCAUAUGUGAGAGCAGAGUCUUCUUCUAGCUCUGCAGUUGACAGUCCGGGGGUAGGCACACAGGACGACGAGUAUCUGACGGUCUCGGCUUUCAGGAGGAUGAUGGGGAACAUGAUGCAGGAACGUGUGCAGGAAUCGACCCCACCUGAGUACAGUAGUCGUGCUGCGUAG